AUGUCUUCCAAUCAUCUUAAAUCCAACGGAGCAAAACUUUGCCGUUUAAUUAUUGACGAAGGAACUGAAACAGUGCGAAAGUACUUUGAUAUUUGUCGUCCUCCUGCCACCUUAACCACCGUCUUAAAUGCCAACCGCACGAAACUGGAUACACUGCAUACGAAAGGAGUUAUCACUGAUGAACAAAAGGAAUUGUUGUUUUCCCCAGCUGGAAUGCCACCGACAACGUCCAAUAAAUAUGAUAUCACUUUACUGUUCGUUUUACUUCGUAAUAUUUGUGGUCUGACCGCCCCUUCAUCUACUGGAUCAUUCAAAGAUAAUCCUCCGUCGACCGACAAAUCCCCGGAAGCUGACUUGGUAAGAAUUAAGUAUUACAGAAAUAAACUUGCUCACAGGAACAACACUGAACUAAGUGACGUUGAAUUGAACACUUACUGGAGUAAUAUUUCGGAUGCAUUGGUGAGGCUUGGUGCUGAUAUGGGAGACCUUGCAAAAUUAAAGUUGAAGCCUCUUGACGAAGAAGAGAUUUGCAUAUAUAUAGACCAACUAAAUGAAUGGCAUGAAAAGGAUGAAAAAAUUGAAAAAAUUUUGCUUGAAGUUCUGAAGCAAACCGAAGCAAAUCGAACAAUUGCAAAAGAGAAUGCAAGAAAUACGAAAUACAUAAUGGCAGGACAACACAGAACACUCAUCUUACUUGGUAUAAUUUUGGUAUUUAUUGUUUGUGAGUUGACGAUUCUCAGUUUUAUCCAUUUUUGGAAAGAACGAGACCAUUCCCGCCCUCACAACCUUUCCCACCCUCAAAACUUUUCCUACAUUCAAAACUUUUCCAAUCCAGAUUUUGUUGGUCGAGAAUGGGUUUUUCGAAAGUUAGAGAACAUUUUAAACACAAGCGACGUACGUGGCGUUCAACUUAUAGCUGAUCCAGGUUGGGGUAAAUCAGAAAUCAUGAAACGUUUGAUUCACUCGUCAAAUUCCAGUGCUAUCAUUCAUGAAAAUAUUAUCGGUCACCAUUUCUGCAAGUACAAUAAAAAAUCCACACGCGAUGGAAAACGAUUGGUUGAAAAUUUAGUUAACUCAAUUGGCAAAAAAAAUACCGAAUUCAGAGAAUUUGUCGACAACGACCAGUUAAUAAAGGAUGAAUUACAGUCUAAUUGCGAGGAGAGUCCAGUCGAAUGUUUUCAAAAGGCAAUAGUAGAGCCUCUUCAAAAACUAAACGCCACCGGUAGAAACAACUCGUUUAUUCUUAUUGACGCCUUAGAUGAGUGUUUGGAAAAAGAGGAACGCCAUAAGUCGAUAAUUGUGAAUAUUUUGUCAAGCAGUGACAAUGUGCCGGAACUUCCAACUUGGGUAAAACUAAUAGUGACAUCACGAAAUCAAGCCCAGGCUACCGGUAAAAUAUCGAAAAUUCAUGGAUUCUCGACCUUACAAAUAAAUGUAACAAACCCACGUAAUUUGCGAGACCUUCGUAAUUACGCAAAACAAACCCUUCAAAUAUUUUACUCUGAAGUACCAUCGAUGGAGGAAAAAUUACCUCUGAACCGCUCGAUUGAUCUGGCUGCGGAGUUUUCCAAAGGUAAUUUUCUAUUUCUUGAAAGAAUUAUAAAGCUCUGGCGAAAAUAUCCAGACCAGAUGAACGCAGAGUAUAUUCCUAAGAAUUUGGGAGAUAUUUAUGCAACUGCUUUCUCAGAACGAUUUGAAAAAGCUGACUUUUCUGACUUUCAGCCGCUUUUAGAGGUAAUUCUUGCCUCAAACUCGCCUCCAAUGUUACUUGAGCUUGACAAAACUUUAAAUUACCACUACAAAAAUUACAAUACCCGCAGUACUGUCCUGAAACUUUCUGAAUAUUUCAAGUCUGAUAUUGACCAAGGACCUCUUGAAUUUCACCAUCAAUUCUUUGCAGAAUGGUUAAUUAAGCAAACACACGGCAGUAAUGAAAUUGUUGUACAGAAAUCAAGAGGCCACCAAUACAUAGUCGACUACCUAUUUCAUUUCUACAGUGAAAGACAGACUGACCUUACUUUUAAAGAAUUAUCAGAACUAUGUAUGCAUAUUUUGCAUGGAGAAAAGGCAACCGUAUCGAAUAGAAGAAAGCUUAGUUCUUUGAAAGUGUCCGACGUUAGAGAGAAAAUCUGGAAUAGAACUAUAUUACAUGAUCUUGCAUCAAGAAGGGACGCCAAUGGACUUAUUGAUGUGCUCAUAAAACAGUUUAAAUGUGUUGACAUUCUGGACUUGAACUCAUGGACACCUGCGAUGUAUGCUGUAGACGCAGGUAGCUACGAAAAUGUAAACUUAUUCAUCGAUAACGGGGCAAAUGUAAGUUACACCGUUGAAACCAGAACCUGCUUUUCCUCGGAUUUUAUCGAUCCCCCCUCGAGUUAUUUUUUUAUACCCAGGUUCAUCAGCAGUAUGAGUUCUAUAGCAGCAUAUAGGGGAUAUACAAAAAUUGCAGAACUUUUGAUUAAAAGAGGUGCGAAAAUAGAGAAAGCUGACAAUUGCGGCUGGAAACCUCUGCAUUUGGCAGUAUUAAUGGCUAAAUUUGAAAUAGUUCAACUUUACAUAAACAAAGGAGCUCAGCCUGAUCUCGUUUCUCUCCAUCAUGCCGCUGCAAGAAAUCACACAGAAAUUGUGCGGUUUCUUCUUAACACUGGAGUACGUGACAAAUGUUUGCCUUGCAAACCAGGGAACAGGUCAUCGUGUAGUAUGAACGUCAAUCAGUUCCAUCACUGCUUUUGCGAAACAGCACUUCAUGCAGCCGUAUCCAGAGAUAACCUAGAGAUGGCAAAAUUAAUACUUAAGAACGGUAAUGCAUCGGUUAACUGUAAGCAUGGCUCAGGCGGCCGAACGCCAUUGAUGGAGGCAUUUUCUCGAAAAAAUAUUCAGAUGGUGAAAGAACUUAUAAACGCAGGAGCAGACAUCAACGCAGACUGCGAAAUCAGUUUAUUUUCAGACUGGGAUUGUCAUGGUCUCAAGUAUGCAACUGACGCCGAGAUGUCACUAUACAUUCAUUAUUGUGAUCGAUCUGUUUGCAAUGGAUAUCGUGUGAUAGAUUUCUCUUUUGCACACGAACUUUGGGUAAUGAUGAUUCCGUUACUUAACGCGGUUUCUUCGAAUAAUGUGAGAUGGAGUCCGACAACGAUUGCAGUAAUUUACGAUCAAAUCGAUUUUAUUAAUGCCACAUGGCAACAAAAUUUACUCUGCUCCCAACAUCGAGACAAUAUUGCGUUAUGUGGCAGUUUGUAA